AUGCGUUUCAACCUUCCCAAUGCAGACACGUCAAACGACCAAAAACCAACAGAUUUGACAAUUGGAGACUUCAUUAAAGACUCAACGAUGUCACGUGAAGAUGUCAAAGUUGCUAAAGUGUCACCUCCAAAAAGGAUGCCCUCCCCAACUUGCAACGGAGACAUAAAAAGAAGCAAACCAGUUAUGCAGCCAGCAUACUGUGAGAUCUGCCAGUUGUCGUGCACCUCUCAAAAGCAGCUUCGACUACAUUUUCAGGGAAAGAAGCACAAAGCAAAAGUCCUUUCGGAUGACUCUGACAUGAUGUGGCAGCAGAGAAGACCGCCCCCUGGCGUGCCGGGAGGGCAAUACAAGAUGUGUCCUAAUCGAUUCAGUUACAGACGCUGCAUACACGGCGAUCACUGCACCUAUGCACAUACUCAAGAGGAACUAAAAGAAUGGCAAGAAAGGUACAAGAAACGGAAAGAGAAUCUAAAGUCGGCUCUGAAAUCGGGAAUGUACGACCUCUCGUUUGCUGAAACGUUGGCCCACGAGUACGCCGAGGCCAAAAAUAAGGCACAAAUGCUAUCAGAAACCGUACAGCACGCAAGUCUGACCGUCGAGCCUGAAAGUACCAGUGUCAAGUUUUCCGAGCGGGGUAGAGAACAUAAAUGGACACUCAAACUUCAGCCAAAACAGACACAACUGCAGUUGAAAAGGAUUGCUUUCAUGAACGACAACUGCAGUCAGUUUCAAAUCAAGGCAGUAACCAGCCCUUCCGGCCAACCCAUCCAUGGUCUAUCUGAAGACGGGCAAGGGUGGACGUAUCAAGGACAAUCCAUUGCCACUGGCUUCAGCCUUCAGAUAACGUUCUGUUCGAACCAGUACGGAAGCUUCGACCAGGCCAUCGUCUUUGAUUUUGGUCCUGAUCAACGCCCCUACCUUUUUUGCCCUUUCCAUGUUGAUGUUGCCAUGGAAACUGACCUGGCUCGCUUGGCAGAGUUACGGAAUAAGUUUAAGCUGCUCGGGACCUCGUGGGAAGAUGAAGGGAAAAAGGUCCAUUACAUCGAAGAAACUGACAUAUAUGACGAUGUAGGCAAAGAUCUGAGGGCCAAGUAUCCAGCCCCACAAGACCGAGAGAAACUCGUGAACGUGAAAGUCUUCAAAGAGGACAUGCUGGACAAUGACAACUACAAGAAGCGUCAGCAUCAGCUGUUGUUCAUAGAGGAGGCUGAGCAAUCGGAGCAUAUCAGAAGGCACAAGGCGGCGAGCUGUUCAUCCGAAUCGACUUGAAUGAAUCCUUGUCUGAGGACACACCACAGGGUUACCUUCUGACACGCAGCCUGUCACCAAAAGCUCAAGUUAUCAUCUAUACAACAUGCGCCGAUCAGGAUGUCUACGAAGUCUGGGUUGAGUGGAAGACCAAGAACAGCAUUUGGCUCAGGAUCCCACCUUCUGUCUGCCAACGCUUCAGCCUUGAACACGACAAAGAAGUGAACAUGAAAGUUCAGUUCAAGCUCGAUCGUGGGCCAAUGUUAUUCUGGCACUGCGCAGUGGACACCAUCAAGGAUCUAACGUUGGUGUUUCCAGCAGGCCCACCGUUUUCCAGGCAAUUUUGGAAAAAACUCCGUAAGGAGAGCCCAAGCCCUCCACAUACCCUGAACGCCAUGCAACGGGAGGCAUUUUCUAAAAUAACAGCACAUAUAGACAUAGCCAUUCCCCCAGUUCUCCUGAUCGGGCCAUUCGGCACAGGAAAGACCCACACCAUCGCCGCAGCUGCUUCUGUCGCAGCCCAACAGUCUGGCAGCCGCAUCCUCAUUUGCACGCACUCUAACAGUGCAGCCGACCUGUACAUCAGAAACUUCUUGAAGAAGGACGAGUUGUCUGGAAGUCAUGCGUCCCUUUUGCGUAUCUACUACAAGAAGAGAAAGAAGGCCACAGUUCACCCUGACGUACUACAGCACUGCGUCACGAACGAAGACAGCUCGUUCCGUUAUCCGACCAGAGAGGAGGUUUCAGCAGCCAAGAUUGUCAUCACCACACUAAGCUUGUCCCUGGUGCUGGAGAGAGAGGUUGGCCUGGAGGCUGGGUUCUUCACACACAUCAUGGUGGAUGAAGCUGCGCAGGCGCUGGAGUGUGAGGCAAUCACCCCACUCAGCUUGGCUACAGCUAAAACCCGUGUGGUGCUAGCAGGUGAUCAUAUGCAGUUGAGCCCGAAGGUCUUCUCCAGCUUUGCCAGAGAGAAAGGAUUCCACCAGUCUCUACUGGAGCGUCUAUUCUAUCACUACCAGCAGAUGGUACCUGAUGAUGACCUGCACCCAUGUAUUACCUUACUGCAUGAAAACUACAGAUGCCAUGACGACAUCCUCAAAUUUCCGUCUAAGGUUUUCUACGGUGGAAAAUUGAUCUGUCGCAGUGAGGCAAAGAGACAUCCCAACUUCUUUCCGCUGGCGUUUUACGCAGUAGCUUAUGGUCAAGACUCUGUGGACAAUACAAGUACUUCAUUCUACAACGACGCGGAGGUGUGGGAACUUGCUGACCGUGUAGAAGCUCUCUGGAACUCCUGGCCAGAAGAAGAGUGGGGAGAAAAGAACACUAUAUCCAUGGCGCAAAUUGGCGUCGUCACGCCCUAUCAAGAUCAGGUGAACAGAAUCAGGCUUGCCUUACGGAGGAAGCGCUUAGGACGUGUAACAGUGGAGACUGUCACCAACGUUCAAGGCAAGGAAUACCGAGCCCUUUUCCUGAGCACAGUGAGAACCCGAGAGACCUGCUGUGGUGAGCAAAAUAUCUCAACCCAGGGAACCGACAAAGAACAAACCUCUGACUUCAGGUUCCUGUCAGAUCCAAAGCUUCUCAACACCGCAAUCACGCGAGCAAAGUCUUUCGUCGGCGUUGUUGGUGAUCCCGUGUCACUCUGUUCGGUUGGUAGCUGUAGCAAGUACUGGCUAGAAUACAUCGAGGAUUGCAGCAAACACGGAGGGCUCCAUGGCACAAGUGUUGAAGAAGUCAAACACUACUUGAAUAUGCUAGAAAUGGGGGCAUCCUCUCUGGCUGUGGCUAGUGUCUUGCGCCCGGAGGCAGAAGUCUUUCGUCCACGAGGCGUUCAGCAACCGAAUGCAGAAGUAAAGAAGUCACAAAAGAAACAGCCAAAAGAAUCUAAAGUGUCUUCACCGAUGGUAGAACACAGGCCACCCAGUUCAGCAACCAAGCUCCCAGGAAGUUCUGCAGCAGCUUUGCGGUUGCCUCAUCCAGUAGGUAGUCAGAUGUCUCUGCAACAUCCGUCUGGAGACGCUUCAAGACAAGGGUUGGGCAGUAUGACUAGACAGGCAAGUGGAAAUCAGAUAUCAGAUCUUAUCUCCUCUGCACUCCAGAGACAAAUCAGCAAAGCAGAAUCCAAUGUGGGAGAUGGCUUCAGUUCAAGCUCUUCAGACAAUGAUGAUGCUAUGGACAUCCAAACACAGGCACAGGAUGUCAUCCAUCCCAGCACCACCCCGUACACUGCAGAUCCAACAGGACCUGCUGCCGAGCAUUUCCAGUCAACCUCUAAGGCUUCAAACAUAGACGAGGCAAUUCGCCGUCGCAGACAUGGCUCCGACAAGUCAAAAGAACCCGAGACAAUUUACACGCCAGUAUCGGAUCAAGCAAAACCCGAACAUGUGAAGCGGGCAGAAGCUACAGGGCGCUCCACUAACCAGAGCUUCGCUGAUAAUCAGGAUGAGAUUGUGAGAGAGCUGCAGAAACAGGUCCUAAGGGCGGAAGAUCCAAACUACGAACAGGACAAAGAGUACGAAGAAGAGUACCCCAAACCACGAGAAGCAUUGGGGGUGGAUGAACCUAUGAGGCCAUACAUGUCAGAAGAUAUGAGUGUCCACGGCGAACAGAAAGGAAGGAUGAAACCCAGGACACUGUUCAAAUUAGGUACCAGCCUUGCCUCUACUUCAGAACGCACAGCGCUGUCCAUAGAGGGGUACAGUGCCAGGUACACCUACUCAGAGUUUGAUGAAGAAGCCGAAAGGCUGAGAGGAAGGAAACUUAAGUACCAAAAGCACUUCGACGAGAACACGCUCUAUGAUAUUGUAAAAAAGAAUCCCGACAGAUAUGUAAAAUGCAGAAUCCAGAUGUCAAAAGCAUCGUCUGGACAAGGGUAUGGCGUCAUGGAAGAUCAUACAUUGGAAGAUAUUGACCUGUGCGGUCUAAAGAGACUCAAUCGUGCAUUUGAUGGAGAUGAGGUAGUUGUGGAAUUAGACACGGUGGGACAAGAUGGAGAAGGAUUCAAAGCAGAGAAUGAAGAAGUAGACAGAAAGGGACGCGUCAUUGGAAUACUGCGUCCAGCCGUUCCUCACGAACAUCUACAGUUUGUUUGCUAUGUCGACGAUAAUGAUCCAAACGUCCUCAUCCCUCUACAGAAAGGUGCUCCUAAAUUUCAGAACGUGGUCCCACAGGACAUCGAAGGUCCUACUGACUUCAUUCAACUCUACAGUAUCAUGGAGGACGGAAAACUGAAAUCCAAACAGCGUGUCCCAUUCCGUCACUUUGCCAAACGAAGGCGCCUCUUUGUCAUCCAUUUUCUUAAAUGGGAGCCGCACUUUCUCUACCCGCUCGGAGUUGCGACCAAAAUGAUCGAGCCAGGUGACAGCGAGGACCAUGCCGUGAAUGCCCUGAUGGCUGACCACAUGAUACAAGAAACCUUUCCCCAGCAUGUGCUAGACUAUGUUGACCGGAUGUUCCCCGAAGACCUUCCGGCAAUCGACAGCUAUCCUAACCGCAAGGACCUGACGGAUCUUGUAGCGGUAACUAUCGACCCUCUGGGCGCUCGUGACCUCGAUGACGCUCUAAGUGUGCGGCAACUCAAGAACGGGAAGUAUGAAGUCAGCAUUCACAUUGCAGAUGUGUCAAAUUUCAUAAAGAAAGGCGACCCUGUUGAUCGUGAAGCUCUAGCACGAGGCACUUCCUACUACCCCCACACAGAUAAGAAAGAGAUGGUGCCAAUGCUUCCAUCUCAGCUAUGUACAAACCUGCUGAGUUUGAUACCAAAGGGGGAGAGAUACACGGUCACUGUCUGUGUGGAAAUUGCCGAGAAAUGUGGCAACAUCGGCAAGCCAAGAUUUUUCCCGAGCAAGAUCAGGUCUAAGGUACAACUGACGUAUCAAGAAGCGCAGAGCAUUCUCAGUGGAGAGACGGUGACCGGAGAAGGCAUUGAUCGAGAUGUUGUUCUCAGCAUCCAACGACUUGGGCGAAUCUCGAAGAUGCUGCGCACCGAAAGGCAUGGUGAACUUGCGUUCCUGCCCAAUAACGUAGAUGAAGACAUGGAGUGUUCUGAAGCACACUAUCUGGUGGAAGAGUUCAUGAUAUUGGCAAACAAGUUGGUAGCAGAACAUGUGAUGGAGCAUUUCCCCUAUUGCACAUUACUACGUCGUCAGCUUCCACCGAAGGCUCACAAGAUGAUGGAAUGGCUAGACACCCAUGGGGACACAGUGGACAGAUCUCUUCUGCUGUCAAGAGAAAUAGACAAGUACAACCACCGGGGGCACAUCAUUGACAUGGAAGAGAUGGUUGGCCAACGAUUACAGGACACGGGGGUCAUCAUCAUCCGAGAGAUAAUCUGGACUAAGAUCCACCAAGCCGCAGAAGAUGGCAACCUCCAGCAGCUACAGCUGCUGGUGCUUUUCGAUGACAAUCAUCCACAGUUAGCCUUUGCCAAAGGCCAUUUCCGCCGUAUUCAGAAUCGUGCCAUGUAUGUCAGCUCUGGACAGUAUCCGGAUAAUCCAGAAAUGUACGGUCAUUCCUCGCUCAACCUCCCUGCCUACACACAAUUCACGUCGCCCAUCCGAAGGUACGCUGACAUCGUCGUACACAGGCUUCUGGUUGCCGCCUUAACCGGGAGCACCUGUCCGUACGAACAGGAGGAGAUGGAAGAGCUAUGCGCCCACCUCACACAGAAAGACUGGAACACAAAGUCAUUUGACAAGAGGAUAACUUUGAUCAAGAUGGCGUUCGAGAUUCAGAAAAGGCCAUUCGUUCAACAGCCGUUCAUUGAAAGCAUUGACGGAAGACGACUUCACCUCAACUUCCCAGACUGUCAUGAAAUCCCAGCUUCCAAUCGCACCAUCAACAUGGCCCACCUGCAACCCGACCAACAGCCAACCCGGGAUGAGGAAAUGGUGACGUUUGUCUGGAGGCUACGCAUCUACGACUUUGCCAAGUUCAACAAAGAUUCCCACAGUUCGAACCCAAGCUUCUUGCCCGAUGACGAUGCUGUGAAGACUUGCACCUACACCAAGAGAAUUGCAUCCUCGACGUGGAAAGCAAUGGUUGAUGCGAUCAGAGAGAAGGACAUGGGUACCCUAAAGCAGGUCGUAGCCACAGCCAAUCAAAUGGAAGUCGAGAAUGAGAGCGAACAGCAGCGUCUGUUGGAGAUCAGUAGGGCCGAUACAAGGAGCGCGGCUACAGGAGGUCCCCAAAGGCAGCGAACAAAAGGUGCCACGGAGGACUACAAGGAUGAACUUCUCGUUGAAGAGGAAGGCUACACAACUGAAGGCCCAGAUCCGAACAGUACUGAGAAGAGCACAACUGAUGAACUCAAAAGAUACAACAAAACCAUUGAAGUGACCUACUCACCUUGUGACGUACUUCAGGUGCAACUGACAACAGAGAUGUACCGUGGACUUCUGACACCAACCAUUCAACUGUUGAAGCUGACACCAGCUGUAGACAUAUGCCUGGAACAUCGCCGCGACCCGGUCCGAGUGUUAGCUACUCGCACAGGAGAAAUGGCGUCAAAAGAGAGGUAUGAAUCUCUGAAGGAGUACGCACGGCUAUGGCGCCCAGUCGUAGAGAUGGAGGCAGCGUACAGCAGUAAAAGUGGCGAAAAAGAAGUCACUAUCAUGGGAAUCAAGAUUCAAUGGAAAAAGAAGCGGGGUGAGAUUCGGGGGAUGUUCACAGUCCCAGGGGAGUUCGCACGAGGCUGCUGCUUCCUCAUCAAGUCAGGUGAUCAGCUAUGCGUCAGAUAUGCAAAUCUAGACAGCACCAGUGACGUCAUCAAUACCAGUGAGAGCGAGGAUACAUCAACAGAGGAGAGUGAUGACACCUCCGAUGAGGACAGCUUUGAAUCAACGUGCUCUGAUGCUGAAAAGCCACCAGAAGAUGCUCUCAACAACAAUGAUAAGGAAGGGCCAAUGUGGGUCGCACACUGUAUUGUACAUGAGGUCACACCGCGUCCUGUUCGUCUGAAGGAAAGAGUUGAUAAGUACAAGAUCACUGUACGGCUUCAUCACCAUAGUGCUGCCGUCCCUAGCUGCCUGUUGGAACCAGCAUUUGGUGCAAGACGCUCUUGCACUGUGGAGCAUAUUCCUGUUCCCCUUCCAAUAAGGCGAAUGCUGGGUGCAGUGAAAGGACUGGUGGAACAAAGCGAAGAAUGUGCCAUUCUAGAGGAAAUCUGCAUCAACAAACAUCCUGAACGUCUUCAAAUGACUGAUCAAGACUUGAAAGCAAGGUCCAAAGACAAUGACCUGGGCACCCUGGCAUCAGGGCAUCAAGGAUCGGUGAAUCUGAACAACUACCAGAGGACAGCAGUGCAGAGGGCCCUGUGUUGCCCCUUCUACGUCAUACAGGGACCACCAGGCACAGGAAAGACCGUUACAGGCGCACACCUGGCUUACAAGUUCGCCAAAAGGAACCGAAAUGCCCGAAGCGGAGACGUUGUCAUGUACUGCGGACCUUCAAACAAAUCCGUCGAUGUGGUGGCAGAGCUGUUGAUGAAUUGCGGGUUGAAAAUCCUGCGUGUCUACAGCAAGAGGAUAGAGGAGACAGACUACCCUAUUCCGACCUACCCGCGGUCGUCUCAGAACAAGAAAUCCAACGAGAAGCUCAGGAGCAUCACCCUACAUCACGUCAUCCGACAGCCCGGAACUCCAUACGGACAACAACUCCGUGAGAUGGAGGAGACAUUCCGGAGAAAACAACUGGAGCAAGAGCCCAUAUCUGACGGGGAUGUCGACACUUAUUUGCAGCUUAUCUGGAUGGCAUCUUGUCAAAGAAUCAAAGGAGUGGACAUCCUUUUGUGCACCUGCAACGUAGCUGCCGACAAGAAGUUCAGUUCAGAACCUGCUCCAGUCAAGCAGUGCAUCAUUGACGAGGCUGGGAUGUGUAUGGAACCCGAGUCUCUCAUCCCCAUCUCCAGCUUUGCUCUGCAGCAGGUUGUCCUGAUCGGUGAUCACCAGCAGCUGCAGCCCAUAGUAGCCCAGCCUGAUGCCAGAGACCUGGGGCUGGGUGUGUCCCUGUUCCAACGGCACGCCGAGAAGGCCUUCAUGUUACAGAUCCAGUACAGAAUGCACGAGAAGAUAUGUGAGUUUCCAUCACAUCAGUUCUAUGACAACAAGUUGGAGACAGCUGAAUCUGUUAAAGCACGUCGUCCGGACAUGGUACCUGACAGCUUCUGGCCCUCAACAGGGAAUCCAGUUGUGUUCUGUCAUGUGGAAGGUGUGGAGGAGGCCCUGCCUGUAGCAUCAGCAGAGGGAGGAGUCAUGUCACAGAGCAACCAACAGGAGGUCCACAAAGUGGUCCAAGUUGUGAAUGACCUUGUAGUCCGCCACCACGUGAAGACCUCUCAGAUCGCAGUGCUGUCCCCGUACAGAGCCCAGGUGCACCAGAUCACUGAGACUCUGAAGGAGAGGAAACUGGACACGGUUUCUGUUAGAACAAUUGUAGACAGCCAAGGAAGUGAGUGGGACUACGUCAUCCUGUCCACGGUACGUUCCCUGCCCCAGGGGGAGAUCCCGACCCAACCCCCGCGCCGCUGGAUGAAGGACCAGCUGGGGUUCCUGACCGAUGACCACCAAAUCAACGUGGGACUGACCAGGGCCAGGAGGGGCUUCAUUAUCGUGGGUAACAAGAACUUGUUGUCGACCUACAACACCUGGAGCGACCUGGUGAACUUCUAUGAGGAGAGGGGCUACCUGGUCAACGCAUCGCAGUUCCCCUGAACAAGCUACACGUCUAUACAGAAAUCUGUACAUAUACUAUAGGUUACACUCUGUAAAUCAUCGUAAUAGGAAGAGCUAUUCUAAAUGCUCUUAAACAAUAGUUGCACAUGUAGCAUAAGUUCAGUUACAAAUUCUAUGGAAGAAGAUGCCAUCACAUUUCUGUUCCACAUACCACCGAAUUGGUUCCAUGAACUCGAUACUCCUGACGCACGGUCUCAAGUGUCAUGCAGGCCAUUAUGAGUAAAUCUAUAACAGGCUUUCAUUCUUCCCUUGUACCAUCCAGGGGUGGAACGAACUUGAGCCUGGUGGGGCGGAUGCGCGGUCCCUCUCCCAGUUGAAAACUGAACUGGGGAGGGCCCUGCUGCAUUGAGUUGCCAACUCACAUGCUUGCGUAUAUGUAACUGAUGCUAUGCCACUGUGUUAACUUGUCGUUUGCACAUACAAAUCAGGAAUAUUCCUUAGUGUCCUUUAUUUCCAUUUGUUUGAUUUAUACCAAUCACUUGUUACUAACUCUAUUUACACUGCUGAUAAUCCUUGUAAUAGAGGCCAAGAGGAAGAAAGUUGGUCUAUUGCAAAAUAUGAAACAUGAGGGAUAAUGUCGGUCCCUGAAAAAUAUGAACCAUGUUAGAUCAUCAGCAGUUGUUUUAGUCCUCAAGAAAUACAUUUCUUACUCAACAUCUUCUCUAACAUCUUAGAAGUACAUGUACAAAAGUCAUGUAUUCUUGAAAGGUUUUAUGAAGUGUGUGUGUAUACAAUACUUAUUUUAAAAAUUUUCUGAGUGUGCUGAUGAUGUGGUCUGUUGUGUUUUCUGAUUAU